UUUAUGUGUUUUAUAUUUCAUGUGCUAGUUAUUAAAAUUUACUGAAACUUUUUUAUCAUUGGUGCUCUUAAAUAAAAUGUAUUCAUUUUAUGUAAUUUGUGUGUUAUUAAAACAUUAAUAUGUUAUACCUUAAUCGAUUUCUAAUUCAAUUGGAUCUACAAACAUUGUUUUUGUUAAAAUGAAAUCAAUGGACAUGUUAAUUUUAACAUUAAAGAGAGAGAAAAAUUAUGCUUACAGAACAUUUUCUGUAAAAAAUCACAAUAUCAAUCGUUAUAAUUACUCAAAUAUUUAUCCAGAAAAAUAACCUAAAUGGGAACUUUACAGUAUUCUUCUUAUCCAAAAAGGCAUAAAUAAUUAGUCAAUUUUCAGACAUCUCUCAAAAUGCCUGAACAUAUUCUAUUGAGUCGGAAUUCUGAAGGAAGAUCUUCUGGUAGUAGUAUAGUCAGCAAUGGAAGUAUGCGAGUGGCUACAUUACCUGUAACAUCAAUUGAUGAUGGAAAAUCUAGGUUCCCAAAGUUAGAAGAAUGUGCCCAUUUUCAUUAUGAACAUGUUGAGCUUGGACCAUUAAAAUUUGAUUUAAUUGAAGAAGAUGAACAAAAAUUUGGAAAUAUUGAUUAUGAUAGUGAUUGUUGGUUAACUAUUAAAGUUGAAUCACAAAAUACUGUUUGGGUCUUAAGACGUUCCUAUGAAAACGCUAGAACUCUUGAUCAUCAAUUGCAUAAAUGUGUUUAUGAUAGAAAAUUUAGUCUACUUCCAGAACUUCAACCUAUACCAAAUGAUUGUGAAAAUCUUAAUAAAUACGUAAAGGAAUUGAUUAGUAAAUAUUGUAAAAGAUUAUCUGAAAUAGCAGUAGGAAGUUUAAUUAAUUGUGGACCUAUACUUAGCUGGCUUGAACUUGAUAACCGUGGCCAUCAUCUUUUAGUUGCUGAUGGAGAUCAUUGUGCAAUAAACACUCCUGCUGUAGCUGCAGCUUAUUCAGUCAGAAAAUACACUGCACAUGCUUCUGAUGAAAUUUCAUUUGAUGUUGGAGAUAUAAUAUCUGUUAUUGAUAUGCCAACACCUGAAGAAAGUAUUUGGUGGAGAGGCAAACACGGUUUUUUAGUUGGCUUUUUUCCAUCUAACUGUGUAGCUGUUAUAACAGAUAAAAUUCCAAGAAAUCUUUAUAUAAACCCCCAAAUGUUACCAGUUUCCGAACCUACCAAAUCUGUAUUAAGAAAACAUGGCAAACUGAUAUCAUUUUUUCGAUCUUUUAUAUUAUCAAGACCAACUCGAAGAACAUUGAAACAAUCUGGAAUUCUAAGAGAAAGAGUUUUUGGAUGUGACUUGGGUGAACAUCUUCUAAAUUCUAAAAGAGAUUUACCAGAUGUGUUAACUAGUUGUGCUGAGUUUAUUGAAAAAUUUGGAAUUGUUGAUGGUAUAUAUAGACUUUCUGGAGUUACAUCAAAUAUUCAAAGAUUGAGAUCAACAUUUGAUGAAGAUAAAGUUCCAGCUCUGUGGGAAGAUGAAUCAAUAAGGCAGGACAUACACAGUGUGGCUUCAUUGUUGAAAUUAUAUUUUAGAGAAUUACCAAAUCCAUUAUGCACUUAUCAGCUUUAUGACUCAUUUGUAAAUGCUGUACAAUCAGUACCUGAGAAAACAACUGAUGUAAGAUUACAACUUAUGCGAGAAACAGUUCAAAAGUUACCACCACCUCAUUUUAGAACAUUGGAGUACUUGAUGAAACAUUUGUCUCGAGUGGCUGCUCUUGGUGAGCAAACAGGUAUGACAGCAAAAAAUGUUGCAAUUGUUUGGGCACCAAAUUUAUUAAGAAGUAAACAACUGGAAAAUGGAAGUGGUGUUGCUGCCUUACAUGGUGUUGGCAUUCAAGCUGUCGUAACCGAAUUUUUAAUCCGAUAUACAGAGUAUAUAUUUAGUCCUAUUCCUAAUGUUGGAGCAAAAUUACCACCUACUAAAGGUACUCCCAAGAAGUCUAGACCUAAAUCAUUAGCAAUAUCUACUCAGACCAAACUUUUAACUCUUGAAGAAGCUCAAAGUCGUGUUUUAAAAAAAACUGAUCCUAAUUAUAUUGAAGUUGGUGGUGGUCCUUCUUGUUUGCCUGAAAAAUAUCAUACGGUUAUUGAAUUACCUACUAGAAGAUGUAACACUAAUAAAAGACGUUCCCCAUUGAAGUGGAAAUCAUUCUUUACUCGUGGUGGAAGUAGUAUUUCUCUUGGCACACCACCUCUUCGUAAAAAGUCUGAACCAAACAUAAUACCUUUUCAAAACCUGGAAUCCAAAGAAUGUGUACGCCAAAGUAUGGCUGAAGGUAUGAAUGUACAAGAUACAUCUACUAAGUCUUCCAAGAUAAUUGGCGAAACAAUGUCUUUAAAGGAAAUUAAAGGAACACCUCCUUGUUCUCCUCCUCGUUUAUGUGGUUCUAACUCAAUUGGUCAUAAUCGUUCAAUUUCACAUGAUUCUUAUUUUGAUCAACUUGCUGAUCAAGAAGAAUUGGAUGUAUCACCUUUACAUCACCCAAGCCAAGAAGAUUUAAGUGAUUUACGAGUUAAUUUUGAUUUGGACGAUUCCGAUAUGAGAGUAUUUUCAGAUGAAGAUACAAAUCAUAUUUUCAGUAAUCGAUCAAGUAUGGAACAUAUUCAAAAUAUAACAACAAAUAAUGCAAAUAAUUUAAAUAGUAGUACUAAACGUUUACCAGUAUUAGCACAUGCAGAAGAUUCAUUGAGUGCUGAUCCAUCACCUAAAAAAAUUAAAACAACGGAUUCAAACAAGGAUAGCGAUCAUACAAAAAAUAAUAGAUUAUCAUAUCUAGAAGAGCGAUUUGCUUCAUCUGAUAUUCGAUUUAUUGAUAGUCAAUCUCCUGAACAUAUGACUGUAGCUGCAGACGUUCUUAUAGAAUGUGAUCAAGUAAUGACUGAUGUUGAUAGCAAUGAAACAGGUACUGGUUCAUUGUCUACUACUACCACACCUACACUUUCAUAUUGUCCUUUAUCAGAAGAUAGUUAUAGUGAUCUAAAUACUACUCCGGGUUCCCAUAAAACUGGAAUUGAUUUUACUGUAUCGUCUGAUAUUUUAACUAAAAAUCUUUUGACUACUCCUCGAAAUCGACUUAGUUUUCAAGGAGACUUAAAGAGUAGAAGUCUAUCUAAUGAUCGACGUAGUUAUCAAGAAAUUAAAUUAGCAAAUGUACGAGAUAAUUGCCAUAGUGAAUCUUUUAAUAACAAUAAAAUUGAAGAUAAAGUGAAAUCAGAUACUUCAAUUUUAUCUGAAUCUCUUAGUUGCUCACCAAAAAAAGAAGAAUCUGUGUAUGAAAUUGUUAUAGGUAAUAAUUAUGAACGAUUAGGUCAUAAAAAUUCAAUUUUUAACCAAGAAGACUCUAGUUAUGAAGAAGUAAUACCAUCAUGUAAAAGUUCUAAUGAUUCUGCUGACAACUUGAAUUUUGAGACUGAAAAAUCUACUGAAAAUAUUCAUUAUGAGACAUUAGUUGUUUCUAGCCCAGAAUCUUGUAAUUCUAGUCAACGUGAAAUGUCAGUUUCUCCUCAGGAUAAUUUAGAGUAUACAAAUUUAAAAAGUAGGGAAAUACUAAAUGAUCAUAAAUGUUUAGAUAAUAAUGGUUAUUUAAUAUCUCCUACAAAUGAAGAUACUGAAAUGUUAUUACAAGAUGUAUACAAAACAGAAAUAUUAUCUACUGAAAAAGAUGAACAGUUAAAAAAUCUUGAAAAUAUAAAUGAUAAAAUAAACAAUGGAAAAUGUUUAGUAAUGUCAACUGAUGAAGUUUCUGAGAGUAAAUUAGAUUUAUUUUUAGAUUCAAAUAGACGGAAAUUUGAAUCAGAAAUAGGAAGAGAUAUAGUUCAUGAAAGACGUAUGAGGAAAGAGUUAAUGGAUAAUUCAAGUUCUACUGGCAAUAAGGAAAAUUCAACCAAUGAUCAAGAGUCUUUGUCUAAAACUGAUUCUAAUAAAUUAAAAAGUUGUUCUAUGUCAAUAAAAAAUAAACGACUUCGUAACAAUUGUCAACAUGUUACUACUACAGUUUCAUUAGAUGCUUUUAGUUUUCCUAGUGAUAAUCAAAAUUUAGAACGUGUAAAAACAUCUCCAAAUCUUAUAAGUUCAGACAUUAGUAGUCAGAAAUCUGAUAUGUCUAGUGAAAUGGAUGCAACAAGACGAGAACGCAUUGAUCGUUAUAAAGAAGAACGUCGAUUAGCUCUCCGUGAACGUUUUAAAACAUCUGAAACCAUUCAACAUGAUGAUGACAUAAUUAAACGAUUAAGAGCAAAAUCUUUGAAAUCACCUGAUGAAUGCACUGACAAAAAUAGUAAUGUAUCUAUUAAACCAAAACGUUUAGUAAAAAUAUCCACAUAUGAUAAACGUGACAUAGUAUCAUCUGAUUCUGGACAAAAAGAAUGGUAUACACGAAGUUUAGAGCGUAAUAAAUGUACUAAAAUUGAAACGAAAGGUUUAGUAGCAUCAAGAGUAAAUCAAUUGAUUGGUUUCACUUCUUCAGAUGGAAUUAAUAACCAAAAUACUUUUAAAACAGUUAUAGAAAAAUCAACUUCCAAUUCAGUGAGACAACGAGCACACAGUACCAGUGAUAGACCAUCUCAGUUUUGUAUAAAAGAUAUGGCUGCAUUUUUUGAACAAAAACAAUAAAAUUAUUAUUAUUCAAUUUGAUAAACUUAUAUUUAUUAAUAGUAUG